CCCCUUCUCACGAACACGCUGUCUGUUGUAAAAGACCAAAACGAGGGCGGAAGGGAAUACAAGUGAAAAGAGGCGGCGAGACGACUUCAAGUCUCCUCUUUCUUUUGUGCUCUCUCUCUCUAACUCCUAUUACCUCCUCCUCCUCCUCCUCCCUCUCUCCCGUCUAUCCGGGAUUGGAAGAUGAGCGGCGGCGGUUCUAGGGUUUCGAUCCCUGCCGGUGUGCGACGGACGAUUCAGAACAUCAAGGAGAUCGCCGGCAACCAUAGCGACGAGGAGAUUUAUGCAAUGCUCAAGGACUGCGGCAUGGAUCCCAACGAGACCGCCCAGAAGCUCCUGCUCCAAGACACCUUUCAUGAAGUGAGAAGGAAGCGUGACAAGAGAAAGGAGAAUGUGAGAGACCCUAAUGAUGCUAGGUGGAGGCCAGGUGUGCAGGGACGAGGUGGUAGAGGAGGUCGAGGAAAGUUGAACUACUCUUCACACUCUCUGCCUAGUGAUGAUGUUGCUGGAAGAAAUGUUACUUCAGGGAGGGAGAAUGGAUUAAAUCAAGGUACAGAUAAAGCCAAUACAUCCUUUUCAUCCACCACCACCCUUGACACAGAUAAUAAUUCUGAUAAGUUCACGUCAAGCAAAACAGAUCAUCCAUUAUCAUCUCAGGGGUCCCAUGUCUCUGGCGCUAGUGGCAUUGCCCCAUGGGAAGAAAAUUCUGGUGCUGUAACUACUAAGAGUGGGACUUCAGGGAUAAAUUCCAGUGAUGUAAUAUAUGGAUCUGCAUCUGGACAAUCUGUACUAGGUUCAGACCACAGUGCAGAAAACAGGACAGCAGCACCUGUUUUUGAAGUCUCUACUUCAAUCUCAGACCUUAAGCUAGUGACAUCUCCUGUUACAUGCGGCACUGCUGAGUUGAGAACUACCAAACAAGUAACAGGGAUUCAACACUCCCUUAUUGAGACAGCCACACAUGAGUCUGCAUCUCGAGAUAUUUCUGGACGGAAUUUCUUAAAUAUCAGCGGAAAAGGUUCUUCUGACAUGAGCAAUGCCGAUACGCAUGGAAAGAAGAUACAAAUCAAACCACAAGGAUCCAAAACAAAUGAACUCUCAGAAAAAUCUGUAUCUUCUUUCUCCAGUGUUAUAAACAGCAGACAGUCCUCUACUUACAACAAUCGUCCUCAUCUAAGUGGUUCACAGAAAGCACCUGUGCCUAAUAAAGAGUGGAAACCAAAAUCAGUACAAGUGAAUCCUGCCCAAGCAUCUGAAAUGACUGACACUUCUGAUAUAUUAGUGAUGGCUGAAGCUGUUUCUCAAUCGUUACCAGCAUCAUGUUCUGUGACCUCAGAGGAAACUACCAUGAAGUUAGAAAAGAAGCUAGAUGAACUGAAGUUAUCUGACAGACAACAUGUCAUAAUUCCAAACCAUCUUCAAGUCCCAGAGUCUGAAAGACAUGGGUUGAGUUUUGGAAGCUUUGAUGAAAAUUUUGAGUUGAAUAUGGUUUUUGCUAAUGGCCCUACUAGAGACAAGAUUGAUACACCACCUUCUGAGUCAUCUCAGGAGGUUAAAGAGACUUCUGAGCAGCCUUCUUUAAGCAUUCAUAUGGCAACCUCAGCUGGUCAAGAAGCUGAGUUUAUGGGUCAUCCUCAAUCACCUGAACUGGUGUUAGAUAGUUAUCCAACCAAGGAAGCAAGUGAUUCGGCAAGCAUAUCUACUGCAGUGGAAAAUGACCAAUGCAAACAAGAGGCUUCUUUAGCUCCAGAUGGCUCUCAGAAUCUGGUUGUUCAAUCUGCACCAUCAUAUCCAUCACUUGGAUUGGACACACAAGUGCUCGGAAGCCAAUUUGCACCUUUUGAAAGCUCAGAACCUCAGGCUUGUGAUACCUCUCAUCUCCCAAACUUUCUGGUUCAGCAAUCCUAUGACCCCUCCACAAGCUACUACACACCAUUCUAUCGACCUGUUGCUGAUGCUGAUGGUCGCAUCUCUCCACUUCUUGCAUCCAGUGCCUCCUCUAGGUACAAUGGGAACACUACAGUCCUACCUGCUCGGACUGUCCAGGCUUCUCAAGAGAAUACCAACUCCGUUGUGCUACCUAUGGUUGGGUCAACUCCUCUAGCAACUCAAGCUGCAGCUCCUAUGCAAGGUUCUGUUGCUAUUCCUCAACAGCCAGUUCCUAUCUUCCGACAACCUCCUGGUUUACAUAUAUCUCACUAUCCUCCGAACUAUAUUCAAUACAGCCAAUAUUUCUCACCAUUUUAUGUUCCUCCUCCUACCCUUCACCAUUUUUUGAGUGGUGCUGCAUUCCCUCAGCAACCUCCUACUGGCAACAUAUAUCCAACUCCUGGAGCUGCAAGUCCUGUUGCUGCUGUCAAGUACACCCUUCCCCAGUACAAGCCUGGUGCUAAUACUGGCAAUUCAACAAUUGUUGGAUUGCAAUCUGUAUAUGGAACGUAUAAUGCAACUCCAGCUGGCUAUGCUUCUGGUCCUGCUGCUAGCAGUGGAAACUCAACUUCCAAUGAAGAUCUUGGGUCUUCCCAAUUUAAGGAGAAUAAUGUUUAUAUUCCUGGGCAGCAGAGUGAAGGUUCAGCUGUCUGGAUUCCGGCCCCUGGACGGGAUAUUUCUGCUCUUCAGGCUAGCUCCUUCUACAACAUUCCUUCUCAGGGACAACAUAUGACUUUUGCACCCACACAAGCUGGCCAUGGUGCCUUCAGCGGAGUCUACCCUCCGACGCCAACUGUCUCAGCUCCUGUUCAUCCAUUGCUCCAGCAGUCCCAGACUCUCGCUGGAGCUGUCGAAAUGUUGGGGCCCUCUGGUGGUGUUUAUCAACAGCCACAACGUGCACAGAUGAAUUGGACCAAUAACUAUUGAAGGAAACCAAACCUAAGUUAUGGCAGCCGCAGCUCAGUGAUCAAGGAUACUUGGGGUUCCGAUCAGAAGAUGUUGCGAAUGUGGCGUAGAGUUGCCUGAUCGGAAAGACUGGAUGUAUAUCUAUAUCUAAAAGACGGCCGUCCUGAAUGAGAAGGUUUCAGAAUUUGGAAUUGAUAGACUUUAAUAGUUCAAGCUGAUGUUGACCAUUUUCAUGUCAAUUGUCCAGUCCGCUCAAAUUCCACGUCCUGGGUUGUCUGCUACUCAUUCUUUGUCAUUUGCUUGUUUCUUUUCGAUGGAUGAAAAUUUGACAUCCAUUUGCGCCGCCACCACCACCACCACCACUACUGAUGAGGUGAUAGAAAGACCUUAGAAGGUAAGAAUUUACCCUAGUGGGUUGUCAUUUCUCCACUGCCUUUGUCUGUAAAGUAAAAAUUGAUACUGAGAAACUGUAGCACAACAGUUGUAUUUGGUGUAAUCGAGAUAGCAGCCGCACAUCCUCUUUGUUACAUGUCGUGUUCUCCUUUCAGCUCACCAGUGUUUGGGAGAAACUAAAGAUGGAUUCAUGCGGGCUCAUAUCCUCGUCUUUGUAAUUCAAUAGAAUAUGAGACAUGCCACAAUUCCAGGUUUGUUUCUGGCAAAGCAUCAACCAAGUGUUCUUAUCCUUUUUCUGGUAAUAUGAUCAUUAUUUUUUAUUCUU